CGCCGCCCGCGCCCAGGCCCGGAACGGAGUCCGUGCUCCCCUCGGCCGCCCCGCCCCGCCGCCUCCCGCCCCUCCCGUGAGGGCGGCCCGAAAACCCGGAGCGCGGGAGUACUGCUCCGCCGGGCCGGGCGGCAGCACUGGGCAUGCUCAGUAGCCGGGGCAGGUUUUUCGGUCGCAAGUAGGAAGCUUUUUGCACUACACCGGAGACCGGGCGCCGCGGAUCCCGCCGCACCGCCCGCACGACCGCCGCGCCCGCCCCAGCCCGUCCGGCCCCUGGCGAGCGCGAUGAGCCCGCGCCUGAGCCUCAGCCGGCCCGCCGGGCACUGAGCGCGGGCGCCUAGGGCGCGUUGCGCAGCUGCUCCUGCGCACAACCCCGCUGCCGCCGGCCCGCACCGGCCGCCCGGAGCGAGAGGCUGGUCCGUGCACUGCGCCCGGCGCCGGCCGCGGAGCAGGAAGCGCAGGCCACGCAAGGACCCAACUGGAACAAAGUGUCUGCCGCCGGGUGCCGCGCCCCGACCCCGCCGCGCCCCUGCGCCGCCCACCAUGGCCUCCGAGGAGCUGUACGAGGUGGAAAGGAUUGUUGACAAAAGGAAAAACAAGAAAGGAAAGACAGAGUAUCUGGUGCGUUGGAAAGGCUAUGACAGCGAGGAUGAUACGUGGGAGCCGGAGCAGCACCUGGUGAACUGUGAGGAAUACAUCCACGACUUCAACCGGCGCCACAGCGAGAGGCAGAAGGAGGGUAGCCUGGCCCGUGCCAACAGAGCCUCCCCCAGCAACGCCCGGAAGCAGAUCUCCAGGUCCACUCACAGCAACCUCCCCAAGACCACCCCCAAAGCACUUGUGGUAGGCAGAGAUCAUGAGUCCAAAAACAGCCAGCUGUUGGCUACCAGCCAGAAGUUCAGGAAAAACACAGCCCCGUCUCUUGCAAACCGCAAGAACAUGGACCUCGCCAAGUCAGGGAUCAAGAUUCUCGUGCCUAAGAGCCCUGUAAAGGGCAGGACCUCAGUGGACGGCUUUCAGGGGGAGAGCCCUGAGAAGCUGGACCCUGUGGAGCAGGGUCCCGAGGACACCAUAGCACCAGAGGUGACUGCAGAGAAGCCCAUUGGAGCUUUGCUGGGCCCUGGUGCAGAACGAGCCAGGAUGGGGAGCAGGCCCCGAAUACAUCCACUAGUGCCUCAGGUUUCUGGCCCUGUGACUGCUGCCAUGGCCACGGGCUUAGCUGUUAAUGGAAAAGGUACAUCUCCGUUCAUGGAUGCGCUAACAGCCAAUGGAACAGCCACCAUACAGACGUCUGUUACAGGAGUGACAGCCGGGAAAAGGAAAUUUAUUGACGACAGAAGAGACCAGCCUUUUGACAAGCGGUUGCGUUUCAGUGUGAGGCAGACAGAGAGUGCCUACAGAUACAGAGAUAUUGUCGUCAGGAAGCAAGAUGGCUUCACCCACAUCUUGUUAUCCACAAAAUCAUCAGAGAAUAACUCACUAAACCCAGAGGUGAUGAAAGAAGUCCAGAGUGCCCUGAGCACGGCUGCAGCCGACGACAGCAAGCUGGUGCUGCUCAGCGCUGUGGGCAGUGUCUUCUGCUGUGGUCUGGACUUUAUUUAUUUUAUACGGCGUCUCACGGACGACAGAAAGAGAGAAAGCACUAAGAUGGCAGAUGCUAUCAGAAACUUCGUGAAUACUUUCAUUCAGUUUAAGAAGCCUAUUAUUGUAGCAGUUAAUGGCCCAGCCAUUGGACUAGGAGCAUCCAUAUUGCCUCUUUGUGAUGUGGUUUGGGCUAACGAAAAGGCUUGGUUUCAAACACCCUAUACCACCUUCGGACAGAGUCCAGAUGGCUGCUCUACCGUUAUGUUUCCCAAGAUUAUGGGAGGAGCGUCUGCAAAUGAAAUGCUGCUCAGUGGGCGUAAGUUGACGGCUCAGGAGGCGUGUGGCAAGGGCCUGGUCUCCCAGGUGUUUUGGCCAGGUACCUUCACCCAGGAAGUCAUGGUUCGCAUCAAGGAGCUGGCCUCGUGUAACCCAGUUGUCCUGGAGGAAUCCAAAGCCUUGGUCCGCUGUAACAUGAAGGUGGAGCUGGAGCAGGCCAACGAGAGGGAAUGUGAAGUGCUGAAGAAGAUCUGGGGCUCCGCCCAGGGCAUGGACUCCAUGUUGAAGUACUUGCAGAGAAAAAUUGAUGAGUUUUGAUUGGCAGACUGAGCAGGACUUCAGUGGCUCCCCAUUGCCACAGUCAUCCUCACCAGGAGCUCGUGCUUGGAAGCAGGACUGGAAACAUCCAAGCUAUUUAUUACCGAGGAGUUUUUAAGUACUGUAACUUUAAAGUAACUACAAAGCUUCUUUGUCCAAAUGUCGUUAUUUUAUACUCAUGUAUACACAGUAUAAAAAUGUAAUUGAGCAUCAGGCUGCUUUUAGAAGCUCUGAUUUCCUUGGAAGCUAGUUGUGGGGUUUUUGUUGUGUUUUUUAAAGGAAUUAUGUUUUCAUUUUGGGUGACAGAAGAGUUUGCAAUAACGUUUGUUUUACUCAUUUGGUUUUGGUUUUUUUUUUUAAACCUAGAUCACAGACCCUAAAGAGUGCAAGCCAGCCUCAUCCCCCUCCCUCUACCUAAACAGAUACAGAAAUAUCUGAAACGUGUCCCUGCAUCUAGGAGGGCAGGGGCAGGGGCAGUACAAGUACCUCAGUGCUGAAAAAAGUCUAAUCAGAAUUAAAACCAGUUUUGUAGGAAAAGCAUCAUUGAUGGAAAAUCCUACAUGAACUGUGGGUUCAUGCUGAGAUGACCACCAAUUCUCCCUUUCUUAAUGUGUUCCGUUCUUACCCAGCUAACAUGAAGCAAUCAGUGUCUGUGGAGGAAAUCGAAUGGUUCAGUGUCCGUGAAUCCCUCCAUAGCUUGAGUGCUACUUGCUAAGUUAUGAAUUAGCACUAGUGGGUUUAAAUAGUUUUCCUGACUCUUUCAAAAAAUAACUACGUAAGUGCUUCUUGUGGCUGGGUGAGAAAUACUACUUUGCAUAGUUUUGUUUGUCUAUCUGCAGAUAUGAUUGAUGUAUUACACCAAAAAAAGUAUUUUUAUGUUUAUAAAGUGUAAUUUUUAGGUUCACUUAGAAUAUAUUUUAUUUAAUUUAAAAUUCUCUUGGCACACUAUUAAACACAGAAACUCCUUUCAAACCAGAAAAGAACUACCUUAUAUUGGACAUUUAUCGUUUGCGGUCUCUGCUUUGAUGUCUGCCGUAUACUGUGCACAGUAUCGUGUUCACGAGUACCCCGUGGAGUGGGGACUGAUUCCUGACUACAGGCGCCUAUGACUACUUAGGCUUCUGGGCUUGCAAGCAUAUUGAAUGUAUGAAGAUUGAAAUAAAAUGGAAACCUUAUUUUUGUACAGUUUUGAAGUUUAUACUCAGAACUGACGCCUCCCAGCCGUGAAGAGCGCUGUGCAGUGUGUAAAUCUGCCUUUACCGUGGAUGGGUUGGUACAGUAUUUUUGCAUCUGUGGGACCUACUCUUUUGUUCAGUAGUUUGAACUAUAUAUAAACUGUACAAUCUGUAAAGUUUUUAUAGAAUAAAUAUUCAGCUGUGAAAACUGGUUAAAUAAAACUAAUAUUUCUUAACAAAU